AUGAACUACAGCGCCUUCAUGGACUCCACUCUUUGCUCUGCCGUCCGGCGUCUGCACGAGACGGAGACGCUGAUGCACAUCGUGCAAGACUACCAGGAGCGAGCUCGGAGGCAUCAGCGGGGGCACGAGGAGGCCGAGGCAAGGUGCCUGGCGUCCGAGGCCGAGCGCCAGGCGCUCCAAGCAAGGGUGGGAGCGGCCGAGGACGAGGUUCGAGCUCUGACCGCCGAGCUCGAAGAGGAGAAGGGUGCGCACACGUUGGCGAGAUCUGAAGUGCGCGCCGUGGAGGCUCGUUUGGCCGAGGCCGAGCUGGCGCUGGCCGCCCGCGAGCAAGAGGUGGGGAACGCCCGCCUCAAAACCUUAGAGCUCGAGCGGGAAAUGAAAAACCUCGAUCGGAAAGCCGCGUACCACGAGGCUCGGGAGCAAGAGGCUCGGGAGCAGUCCCAAGACGCACAGCUCCUUCCGGACUUUGAGCUGAACCUGCUUAAACCGGGAGCAGGGGUCGAAAGGUCGGAGGCGGAGGCAGAAGCUCCGGGGGCCGACCAGGAAGGUCCGGCUGAGGCGGCCGAGGCUGCCCCCGAGGUCACCGAGAUGGCUUCCGAGGCUGCCGAGGAAGAGGCCUUGAUCGCGGAGCCGGCCAUUCCUGAAGUCGCCGAGCCCGAGCCCUAG